AACACAUUCAAUGCUCGCGUUUAUCCUCCGUGCAUUGCUCAACUACCAGCUGCUCCCUUGACGAUCCUCUUGUAUCCCUAUCGGUGUGCUGGAUGUGUCUCGAGAAACUCUAUAAAUUCGAUCCUGGAGACACUCCAGAAAUAUGAGAAGGUAUUCCAGAAACCGUGAGUUGAUCAGAAUUUAGAAGCAAUGAGUUACCUGCUAAAGACCAGGAAGGAGAGGGAACCACCCCUGCAGGAGCAUGCGGCUUCAGAAGAGCAGGCAAAGAUAAAUAAGGUACGGGAACUUCUGGGUGAGCUGCCGACAGAGAUGCCGGGCUUCCUGUCGGACGCCACCAUCCGCCGCUUCCUCCAUGCAAAAAAUUGGAGCGUGGUUCAGGCCACCAAGACUCUGAAAGAAGCUGUCAAAUGGAGGCGUCAGUACAAGCCAGAAAAAAUCUGUUGGGAAGACAUUGCUGAACCCGAGAAUGAGGUGCAGAGAGCGUAUAUAACCGACUACCUUGACAAAAAUGGGCGUACUGUGUUGGUCGCACGGCCGUCAGUAAAGAGCCUAACUUCAGUGAAGGAACAGAUCAAACAACUAGUGUACAACCUGGAAAAUUUGACCAUGAGCUCAGAGAAUGCACCAGAAAAUGUUGUUUGGGUAAUUGACUUCCAAGGAUGGACACUAUCAAGUACGCCAUUGGCAAUGAGCCGUCAAUCAUUGGACAUAAUUCAGAACUAUUAUCCAGGGUUGGUAGCAGUUAUAAUUCUUUGCAAUCCACCAAAGAUAUUUGAAUCUUUUUGGAAGAUACUGAGUUACUUCGUCGAGCCGGAAAUGAAAGAGAAAGUGAGAUUUGUGUACUCUAACAACUCUGAGAGCCUGAGAACAAUGACUGACAUGUUUGACCCAGACAAGCUCGAGUCUGCAUUUGGCGGACAAAAUACUUGGGGCAUUGACAUUGUUGAGUAUUCUGAGAGAAUGCGAAGAAGAGAUCAAGUUAGGAAAGCUUUGAGAAAUGCAAAUGAAAAUGCCUAUUCUACCUGACCAUGCCAUGAUUCAUCUGGAGAAGUGUAUAUGAACUCCACUCUAACCAGCGAAGAUGACAUACGAAGAAGAAGAGACUGGAGCCCUAUCUUUUUUAUACGCAAAUGAGUGAACAUAAGUGUUCAAAUAACUUAAUAAGUUCAAUUACUAUGAAAGAAUCUAUAUUACAUACCAAAAGAUUGAGAUGUAAGGCAGAUAAUAUGAGCCUAAUGACCUACACAAUCAGAUGAAAUGUGGAUUCAUGAGUCACUGUAUUGUAGGUAAUAAGAUGUCGAUUUAUGAUAAACACUAGUUAUAAAAGCUGGAGGUGGAAGAUAUAUCGAAAGGAUGAUGAAAUGUGGUGACACAUAAUGAACAUGGAGGCCGCUAUGGAUUGAAGUGAGAAA